GCCCCCCAACUCGCCCCGCCCCGCCCCAACGGCCGCCGCGGCCGCCGUCAGCACCGGACGAGGCGCGGCCGCAGGACGCCGCAGAUGCCGCCCCGGGUCCCUCGCCGCCAGGGCCGCCAGCCGGCCCCGGCCAGCGCCAUGGAGAAUGGAGCCAGCAGCCUGGUGACCUCAUCCUCCACGGCCACCUUCAAGGAAGAACUGCUGUGCCCCAUUUGCUAUGAGCCUUUCCGGGAAGCCGUGACACUUCCCUGUGGCCACAACUUCUGCAAAGAUUGUGUGAGCCGUUCCUGGGAGCACCGGCACCACCUGUGCCCUGUUUGCAAGGAGGCCUCCUACGACAAUGACCUUCGCGUCAACCACACGCUCAACAAUCUGGUGGAGAUGGUCCUCCAGGAGGAAGGGCAACGGCAAGGUCCGGUGGCCGCCCUCUGUCCCCUGCAUCAGAAAGAAGCCACGCUCUUCUGCCUGGAGGAUAAGGAGCUGGCGUGCUGUGUCUGCCAGAGCUGCAGGCAGCAUGAAGGGCACAAGAUGCGGCCGGUGCAGGAGGUGGCAGCCAACUGCAGGGCCAAGCUGAAGAACAUGGAGACCUCCCUGCGGGAUAAGGCGAAGGAUUUUGGAGCUGUGCAUCGGUCCUACGAGGCCAUCUUGGGACACAACGAGGUGGAAGCGGUGCGGCUGGAGGCGCGGAUCAAGAGGGAGUUUGAGAAGCUGCACGAGUUUCUGCGGGGCGAAGAGAGGGCACUGCUGGCCCGGCUGCAGGAGGAGUCAUGGCGCAAGCGCAGCUUCAUCGAGGACAAGAUGAACCAACUGACGGAGGAGAGCCGAGCCCUCCUCGAUGAAGCCCACCGGCUUGAGGCAGACCUCGAGGGGGAUGACUGCACCUUGCUCCUGAGUCACAAGACCCGCAAGCACAGGAUUGCCUGCACGGCUGAGGAGCCGGAGGCUGUGCCUUUGGGGAUGCUGCUUGAUGUUUCCAAGUACCUGGGCUCUCUGCAGUACAAUGUUUGGAAGAAAAUGCUGGACAUCAUCACCGUAGUCCCCUUUAGCUUCGACCCCAAUUCUGCAGCGGGCUGGCUCUCGGUGUCCGAGGACCUCACCAGCAUCACCAAUGGGGGCUACGAGCUGCGGGUGGAGAACCCUGACCGCUUCACCUCGGCCCCCUGCAUCCUGGGCUCCUGUGGCUUCUCCACUGGCUUCCACACCUGGGAGGUGGACCUGGGCAGCAUCAUGAACUGGCGGGUGGGGGUGGCCCAGCGGCGUGGUGGCACCCACUGGACCUUCCACCACGAUGCUCGCUCCGGCUUCUGGUACAUCUACCGCCUGCCUGGGAAGGAUGGCGAGACGUGCCGAGCAUCCAACGCAGCACGUUCAGAGGCAGCACCAGGCAACCUGAGACGAAUCCGGGUGGAGCUGGACUGCGAUGAAGGGGAGCUCUCCUUCUACGAUGCCGACCGCAAGACCCACAUCUACACGUUCCAUGAGAAGUUCAGUGGCACUGUCUUCCCCUACUUCUACGUGGGAGGUACACCCGUGGGGAUGCUGCCUGAGGCGCUCCGCAUCUGUCCUCUCCAGGUCCGCAUCUGCGAGGAUGUCCCUGUCUAGUAGCCACCAUCUCCUGCUGCCAGCACCACUUCUGCCUGCCUUUGGGGUUCUCCAGGUGCUUUUUCAUCUUUCCUCAGGAAAAAGAAAAAAAAGAAAAAAGGGAAGAAAGAAAGAAUAUGUGUAUUUUCUGCCUCUUUUUAAAAAUUCGUUAAUAAAGAUUUUGUAUUUCUGGUAUAGCA